AUGCCCACGGGCAGCCACCAUACCGCCCAGAUUGGCAUCGGAGAGGGGAUUGCCCGCCUGUUUGUCAAGGAGGGCGCCCGGGUGGUGCUGGGAGAUGCGCUGCCUGCUCCCCUGGUCGUGUUCAAUGUGCAGGUAGAGAAGGCCCAGAAGCUGGCAGAGGAGCUGGGUGCGGAGCAUGCCAUUGCGGUGGAGUGCAAUGUGACGCGGGAGGAGGAUGUCGAGCGCCUGGUGGGCACCGCUGUCAGCACCUUCAAGGCCAUCGACGUCAUGGUGAACAAUGCAGGCAUCGUGGGCAAGCUGGGGGUGCGGGAGGCGCUGAUGGAGAACUUGAACCUGGAUGAGUUUGACCAGGUCAACCUGCGUGCGGUGGCGCUAGGCACCAAGCACGCCUCGCGGGCCAUGAUCGCGGCGGGCACCCGCGGCUGCAUCCUCAACACUUCCUCGGUGGCCGGCUUCCGCGUGAACAUCGCCAACAGCCAUGCUCAUCCCGGCGGCAAGACUGCCGUCAUCUCGCUGACCAAACUGGCGGCCUGUGAGCUGGCGCCGUAUGGCAUCAGGGUGAACGCGGUGGCGCCAGGGUCCACAGUGACGCCCAUGGUGGCAGGCGUGAUGCCAGGCAACCCAACGCUGGAGUACCUGGAGGCCGCCUUGGCGCUGACCAGCCCGCUCAAGGGCGUAGCGGUGCUGCCGCGCGACAUCGCCAACGGCAUGCUGUUCCUGGCCUCAGCCAUGGGCCGCUGCGUCAAAGGCCACACCUUGGUCAUCGACUGGGGCGCGACCGUCGGUGUCAGCGGCUCGGUGCCCGCCCUGGCCACCUAG